AUGGUAACUGCAAUGUUUUUCAACAUCGGUUUCGGGACGUGUACGAUAAUCGGCGCGACGUUUGGCAUGGGCAAGCAGCUGGUUGACUUCGACUCUGACGAUUCGCCGCUGGACUUUCGCAACGCCUUCUUGGGCCAUUGCAUGGACAUGGAUCUACUGGUGGGAAUCGUCUACAUGUACAGUGCCGCUGCUGCGGUAUGCGACUUUACGAUUGGACUGCUGCCCGCCUUCAUGAUUGGGAGGCUAAAGAUGGACCGACAUACGAAGAUGGCCGUCAUUGGCGUUCUGUCGAUUGGAUGCGUUGCUAGCACUGCGGUCAUUGUUCGUAUCCCGUUUGUUCGUCCGUCCAAGAGCCGGGAAUUUCUCUACGAAACACCGCAGGUUUCGAUAUGGUCGAAUAUAGAGACUAGAUUAGGGAUUACUGCAGGGAGUUUAAUGACGGUUCGACCCUUUUUGCGGGCGAUCAGAUGGUUACAUAUAGACGACAGUAGCUAG